CCAUUGACGAGGGAUUAAGCAAGAUCACCGAAUCCACCGUGUCGGUGGAAUCGCUCGAUCAAACUACCACCACCGGAGAGACAAAAGCACAUGAUUAUCAUACAUUGUUAGAAUUCGUUCAGCUUGAGACGACUGAUCAAUCGAAAUGGGGGAAGGAGGGAGUCUUCCGACGAUGGAUCUGAUGAGAUCAGAGCCAAUGCAGUUGGCUCGGAUCAUCAUCCCCAUGGAAUCUGCUCAUCGAACCAUUUCGUAUCUCGGUGAUCUGGGGCUUUUCCAGUUUAAAGAUCUCAACACAGGAAAGAGCCCAUUCCAGAGGACAUUUGCUACUCAGAUUAAAAGGUGUGGCGAGAUGGCACGCAAGCUCCGUUUUUUCAGGGAUCAGAUGAUGAAGGCUUGUCUGUUAGCCUCAACAAGAUCUGGAUAUGGCUCAGAAUUUAGUCUAGAUGAACUGGAGGUUAAACUCGGAGAACUUGAAACUGAGCUGACAGAGAUGAAUGCGAACACUGAAAAGUUGCAGCGUACCUAUAAUGAACUUCUGGAAUAUAAACUUGUCUUGCAAAAGGCUGGUGAGUUUUUCCAUCAUGCUCAAAGCAGUGCUACCGCUCAACAGAGAGAAUUCGAAGAACAUCGCCUGGCUGAAGGGUCAAUGGACAGUCCUCUGUUAUUAGAACAAGAAAUGACAACCGAUAUGUCAAAGCAAGUUAAGCUGGGAUUUAUAUCUGGUCUUGUCCCAAGAGAUAAAUCAAUGGCCUUUGAAAGGAUUCUAUUUCGUGCAACCAGGGGUAACGUUCUCAUGAAGCAAAAUGUUGUUGAAGAACCUGUCAGUGAUCCUGUGCAAGGAGAGAAGGUGGAGAAAAAUGUGUUCAUCGUCUUUUAUUCUGGAGAAAGGGCGAAGAACAAGGUUUUGAAGAUAUGCGAUGCAUUUGGAGCAAAUCGUUAUCCCUUUACAGAUGAUAUAGGAAAACGAUACCAAAUGAUUACAGAGGUAUCUGGAAAACUUUCAGAGUUAAAAACCACCAUUGAUGUUGGAAUAUUGCACUGGAGCAGUGUGGUACAGACUAUUGCUAAUCAGUUUGAAGAGUGGAACAAUUUGGUCAAGAAAGAAAAAUCCAUUUACCACACUUUGAAUACUCUCAGUUUUGAUGUGACGAAAAAGUGCCUUGUGGCUGAAGGCUGGUGUCCUGUCUUUGCUACAUGUCAGAUCCAGAAGGCUUUGCAACGGGCAACAGUUGACAGUAACUCACAGGUUGGAGCCAUAUUCGAGGUUCUGCGUGCUAAGGAAUCACCACCUACCUAUUUCCGCACAAACAAAGUUACAACUGCUUUUCAGGAGAUUGUAGAUGCUUAUGGGGUUGCAAAGUAUCAAGAAGCAAAUCCUGGUCUAUACACAAUUGUUACCUUCCCUUUCCUAUUUGCGGUCAUGUUUGGAGAUUGGGGCCAUGGUAUAUGCUUGUUUCUUGGGACACUAUUUCUUAUCCUGAGGGAAAAGAAAUAUUCUAGUCAGAAGCUAGGAGACAUCAUGGAAAUGGCAUUUGGUGGUCGUUAUGUCAUCAUACUGAUGUCAAUUUUCUCAAUCUACACGGGACUGAUAUAUAAUGAGUUCUUCUCUGUGCCAUUUGAACUCUUUGGACGCUCCGCCUAUGAUUGCCGUGAUCCUUCCUGCAGGGAUGCUACUACUAUUGGAAUGAUUAAGGUGCGGAGCACUUACCCAUUUGGUGUGGAUCCUAUGUGGCAUGGAACGCGAAGUGAAUUACCAUUUCUUAACUCAUUGAAGAUGAAAAUGUCGAUAUUACUGGGAGUUGCUCAGAUGAAUCUUGGAAUCAUUUUGAGCUACUACAAUGCAAAGUUUUUCCGAAACGACUUAAACAUCUUGUACCAGUUCAUCCCCCAGAUGAUAUUCUUAAACAGUUUGUUUGGCUACCUUUCUCUACUCAUCAUUGUGAAAUGGUGCACUGGUUCUCAAGCUGAUCUAUACCAUAUAAUGAUAUACAUGUUCCUCAGUCCCACGGACGAUUUAGGAGAUAAUGAGCUUUUUUGGGGCCAGAAAUAUCUUCAGAUAAUACUACUGUUGCUGGCACUUGUUGCCGUACCAUGGAUGCUGAUCCCAAAGCCACUUCUACUGAAGAAACAACACGAGGAGAGACACCAAGGCCGAGCGUAUGCUCCACUUCACAGCCUUGAUGAGAAUCUUGAAUCAGAUAUGGAUGACAAAUCCCAUGGUGGACACGAGGAGUUUGAGUUUAGCGAAGUUUUGGUUCAUCAACUAAUACAUACCAUUGAGUUUGUUCUUGGUUCGGUGUCAAACACAGCUUCUUACCUACGUCUGUGGGCUCUAAGUCUAGCACAUUCAGAGCUAUCCAGUGUAUUUUACGAAAAGGUCCUGCUUCUUGCAUGGGGAUUCAACAACGUGGUCAUACUUAUAAUCGGCAUAAUCGUAUUCAUUUUUGCAACUGUGGGUGUGUUGCUCGUGAUGGAAACCUUGAGCGCAUUCUUACACGCUCUAAGGCUUCACUGGGUAGAAUUCCAGAACAAAUUCUACGAGGGAGACGGUUACAAAUUCUACCCGUUUUCAUUUGCUUUGGUUAAUGAAGAAGAAGAUUGAUAUGCAAUUUUGAGUUUGAUUCUUUGAGAUUGGCAAACAAAAGUUAGUAGAAGGUGGGUUUUUUUAGCUUUAGUGCCAUGUUCCUCGACGUAUUUGUCUAGAUUCUUUUGUACGUAGUUGCAUUUCUUUACCACAAAAUGUAGGUACACAAUUGAAGCAUCAGAUCUUUAUUCUUUAUUUCAUUUGUUGGGAGUUUUAGAACCUCAAAUUAAAUAUGGUUUACGCUUGCAGCUGUCCUCUCUGCAAGUUAUAAGUUGUUUGAUUGAAAGGGAAGUAGGAGGAGGUGUUUAGGAGUUUGUU